UUAUCAAUUGCGUUGAAACACAGAACGACGAGACAUAACGCCUGAAAACUUGUGUAAAAGAAUCGAUUCCAAAAAAAUAAGAACGAAAAUUGUCUCCGCGUUUUAACGGCUAGAGUGCCAAACGUGAUCAGUGUGUUCGGUGCUUCGACGAUAAAAACGAAAAAUAUUGUCAUCGUUGUCGCCGUAAUAAUUAUCAUUACGUCACCGGUUGAUCGUGUGCUGCUGGUCUGCUUACGGCAAUGCUCAUUCUUUAUGUGAUUCACUACGACCGUCUGCUCGGCCGGGUGAUCAUCCUCACCAUGUUGUUGCUGCUUAUGCUGUUUGUCGACUUUUACAUCACCCACCAAAGUCAAAGUUUUAUCCAUGCAAUCAACAGGCAGUUCAAAACCGUUUCGACUUACUGAAUGCGCAAGCCUGGCACCGCAAUGGAGUCUACGGAGAAUGAAGCAAAAGCAUUGUUCCGCAAAGGUAUUGAAUGUGAACGUGAUGGUAAUCCUUACGAAGCCACUCAAUGUUACAAACGAGCAUUAAAAUUGGACCCAGAUGUUGAAAAAAAAAUAGCCCAUGAAGAUGCCAUUGCACGUCCUAUGGAUACCUUAAAUGAUCAAAAUGAUGAAAGUGAAGAUGAGUAUGAUAAUAAAGAAGACCUUUUUCUAAGAUUUCAGAGGAUCAUGGGACCACAAAUAUGUUUUCCAGAACAUGAACAACGUGCUACUCAUUUUUCAGUUCUUCCUCCUGAGCUCAUCUUGUACAUAUUUAGAUGGGUUGUAUCUAAUGAUUUAGAUUUACGUACAUUGGAACAAUGUUCUGCUGUUUGUCGUGGUUGGUACUUAUGUGCUAGAGAUCCUGAGUUGUGGCGUCGAGCUUGUUUGAAAUUUUGGCCUUCAAGUUCUGAUGACUUGGCUCCAUUUGAUGGCAGUUGGCGACGGAUGUUCAUAGAACGUCCUAAUGUUCUAACAAUUGGUUGUUAUAUUUGCAAAGUAUCAUAUGUACGACAAGGUGAAGAAUCAUUCAGAGAUAAUUCCAAUGGACCUUCUUUCAAUGUAGUUUAUUACAGAUACCUAAGGUUUUUUUCUGAUGGUCGUGUUCUAAUGUUACUAUCAUACCAUCCACCUGCCAAAAUAGUGCGCAAAUUACAAACUAAUGAAACUGCACCCUUCAAUGUGUGUCCUGGUCACUACCGUCUGUCUGGCAAUAAAUUAUAUUUAACACUUGAUAGUGAAGGUGAAGAAUGUCGCCGGACCCGGAAUAAAUAUGUAUUUUGUAAUGAGAACAGUGAAAGAAAGACAACAUACAACAUGAUUUUGGAAAUAUCGAAGUACAGAUCCAAACACAACUGGAAAUUGCAGUGUAUAGAUUAUGAAAUAGUCUAUAGAAACAAAAAUAACGAAGUAAUGGUUACUAAGUAUGUUUUGUCUAACAAUCGUUUUCCACCAUUUAUAUUUUCACGUGUAAAAUGUUUCGCUAAUGAAUCUGUACAUGUAUUAUAAAUGUAUGUGUUAAACAUAAUUGUGUAUAAGGAUAUUGCUUAAUCAAUUGUGUUGUUUAUUUUUCUUUGUUGAUAUAAAACCACAUACACGCAGAUAUGAGUAUGUGUUUCUGGGUAGAUACCGUUUUUAUGAGAUUCAUAUAAUUCAAUUCUGUGAUUUCUACCCAACUAUAUUUAAAUCUUGUUAUAUUACCUGUAUUCCAUACAAGAAGUGUAUUUAUAUUAUAUUUAUUUAUUUUAGUUUUUUAAUUUUUCA